UUACUUCGAUGGAGCUUCCGCAAUGAGCAUUGCGCGUUUCUCUGUUCAUAUUAACGCACUUGCAUCGUCUUGUUAACAUCGAUAGUCUUUGUUUGACCUCUGAUGACGCCAGACGCAAAAAAGCGUCGCUGUGUUUUCCCUUUGGUUGCAGGUGUCUCCGGACAUCAGGUUACGGCUUUCUUAGAUUUGCAGGUCGACUUGCACAUGUAUCAGAGAACUAGAUGACUUUAGGAGCAGUUGCCUCUGUGAUCCUUGCGCUAGGAGCAGCUGCCGUGUUUUCUUCUCUUCAUAAGAUUGAAGAGGGUCACGUGGGUGUUUACUACAGGGGCGGAGCUCUGCUUACUGGCACCAGUGGUCCUGGGUUUCAUCUGAUGCUGCCUUUCAUCACGUCAUUCAAGUCUGUACAGACAACUCUGCAAACAGAUGAAGUAAAGAAUGUACCAUGUGGCACAAGUGGAGGUGUAAUGAUUUACUUUGAUCGCAUUGAGGUGGUGAACUACCUUGUUCCCUCUGCAGUGUAUGGCAUUGUGAGAAAUUUCACGGCUGACUACGACAAAGCCCUGAUUUUCAACAAAGUUCACCAUGAGCUGAAUCAGUUCUGUAGUGUGCACUCACUUCAAGAGGUCUACAUAGGUCUAUUUGAUCAAAUAGAUGAGAAUUUAAAGCUCACUCUGCAGGAAGAUCUCACCAGCAUGGCACCUGGAAUCAUUAUUCAGGCGGUCCGUGUUACCAAACCAAACAUUCCAGAAAGCAUUCGCAGGAACUAUGAACUAAUGGAGAGCGAGAGGACAAAGCUACUCAUUGCGGCUCAGACACAGAAGGUGGUAGAAAAGGAGGCGGAGACUGAGAGGAAAAAGGCUGUCAUAGAGGCAGAGAAGGUGGCUCAGGUGGCUGAAAUAAAGUUUGGACAGAAAGUUAUGGAGAAAGAAACUGAGAAAAAGAUUUCAGAAAUUGAAGACAGCGCUUUCGUCGCCAGACAGAAGGCAAAAGCAGACGCCGAGUUCUACACUGCACAGAGAACAGCUGAGGCCAAUAAGCUGAAGCUGACCCCUGAAUAUCUCCAGCUGACGAAAUAUGAGGCAAUAGCAGCUAACAGUAAGAUUUACUUUGGAAGUGAGAUCCCUCACAUGUUUAUGGAAUCGGGACCAGGAAGCUCCUCCUCAGGUGCCGCCAAAGCCAUAGAUGCUCUGUCAGAGGGGAUACUGGACUUAGAAUGAUAAGAUAAACGUUGUAUCACAGAGAAUAAACAAACUAGUAAUAAAAGAGCAAAGAGUAAUAGGCAGUUGGUAUGCAGCAUUGGUGCAGCUGAACACUGUGAGCUCACUUCAGUAAAACUAACAUGGCACUGCAUCAGUGGGGUAAAACAUAACACUGCGGAUUAACAGGUGUUGAGUAGACCCUGGUAUCUGUGCUUAACACAUAGUAAGGGAGUAUUUUGCAGUACAUCUGGACAGAAUGAAAGGAAAAUUGUGGUUUAGUUAGAAUUUGUGUUUUGAACCAAAUGGAUUAUAAGUGUGAUAUGUUUAGAGCAAAAGAUUUGAUCAUGUUUAAGGGCCGUUCGCACUGUGACAAUAACAAAAACUAUAACCUUAACUAUAUUGAUAACUAUACUGGUGUUACAGUCACGAAGACUACAGUAUAAGAGAUGGGAGGAGUCACUUUGAGAAAAAAUUAGGUGGACAUUAGGAUGAACAAAACAACAUUCAGGAAACCGAUCACAGCACCAGAUACCUUUUGGCACUUUGUUUUAUUGUUCAUCAGCUGGAACAAAUUGUUCUGAAGGCGAUCCCAUCUUCAUUGUUAUAGUUGUGGUUUGGAUGCUACUAUUCUUUUACAUUUAUUAAUUUCAACAAUUUAUCUUCAAAGUUAUAGUUAUCGUCAAUAGUGUGAACGUCCCUUAGUUAUACAACAUCGGUCUAAAUUUUGGAAAAACUUUAUUCCGUUUUUUUUUUCAUGUUUUAAAAUAAUAGUAAACUCAUCAAAAUUAUAUAGAGUAGGACAGUUGUAACUUUGUGAUUCAGAAUUAUGUUGUGACUAAAAAUGUUAAAUUUCAGCAUCUUCAAAGUUGCCACCCUUCGACUAGAAUUUGCAGAAUAGUUCUCUUUGGCAUUCAGCUUCUUGAGCUUUUAACCUGGGAAGCCUUUUAAAGAGUUUUGAUUGAAGGAGUUCCCAAUCUAUUCAGUGCUCUUUUUGGCUGCUUUUUUUCCGUCAUUUGGUUUAUAAGUCAUCCGUUAAAAAAAUCGAAUAAAAUGUUUGUUUUCUAAUGAAGAAAUUGUUAUGUUGGCACAAUUUUAUUUUUGUCUAUACAAUAAAAUUUUGUCUUGAGAUUAAAAUAUUUUUUAAAUCAUUGGAAACUUUUAAGUCAAGCGUUUCCAAACAUUUGACUGCUCUGUAUAUUACAUUUUAUAAAAUGAAAUCAAGUUGAUUCAUAAAUGUGCUUGCGACAUUUAUCAAGAUUUUGGGGAGCUGUUGAAACUUUCCAGCCUAGUGUCUUAAAUGAUCUUAUACCUCAGGGACUUGCCUAUGUUUAAUGGGUCUAAAUGUCAUUUGGUCUGUAAAAGCUCUUUAACACUAAACAAACUAUGGGAUAAGAAUUCUUACGUUUGUUUCUGUCUUCUGCGUUUUUUCCAAGAAUGUCAAAAAUCUCAACAUCAGUGAAAAGAUGUUGAUUCAAUGACCUUUAAUGUAGCAAUGACAUGAGAACAAUAGCACGCUGUAGCUUUUGUUACCUUUGGUACUGUGAUCUCAGUUCUAAUUUUGAUUGGAAUUGUUUCUUUGUGUCUGUCUGCUCACUGAUGUUGACCUUUAGAGUACAGAAAAUCUGUGGGAUGUUUCUCACUAGUGGAAUCUUCAUUCUCUUUGUAUUAAUAAUAGAAUACGUAGACGUAUUCUACAUAUCACUGCUGUCCUUUUGAAACCCUGUAUCUCCAUAUUUUGUGAUUUUUAUUUUUUGCCAUUUAUUAUUAUUAUUAGUUACCCUUUGCAAAUAUCUAUACUAAACCUAUGAUAUGCAGUGUUAAAAAUGCUUGUCAGCUUUGACAACACAGUGUUGAAUCAUUUAAAAAGUAAGUAUUUGGACAAGGUUUUGUAAGGACAGCGACGAAAUAUUUGUUGUCAGUGAGCUGUGUUUGAAAUGGUGUUCUAUAAUUAAGAUUUUCUCCAAAGCUCUUUUAUGCAAUAUAUGAACAAAAAUGUCAUGGCCAUUGGAUUUAUUUCAUUUAUUGUUUUUGUUUUUUUAAGUUGAGUGUAUUUAGUAUAUCGAAAACAUGUUUUAUUAUUCUUAUAUUGUACCUCCCAAUAACUGUCCUCCUGGGCAUUAAAAGCUUGUCAACAUUUGUAGGAAUGAAUGGCAGUCUUUAGAUUUCCAGAGCAGAAAUGCUUUAAAAUCAGUCAGGUAUGUACAUGUCUACAGUCAUAAAAGAAGGUGACUUGAAAGCUGCAGAUCUGUAAUGAAAGAUCUUUUAUAAAUGAUUAAAUGAACAGCAUACCUCAUAAAAUGAAAGUCAUAUUGUAACUGGUCUAGCAUUCUAGUUCCUUGUGUGCAUGUUUUGUGUAGACCUACAUGUGUAGACUGUUGUGUGGGGUGCUUUGUUCAUAUAAACUGAUUUGACACCACAGCAAAUUGUGUAAUACUUUGGAAGUUUUGGUUAUCGAGAUUGAUAACUGUUUUAACUGUGUUGCGUGUUUGUGUGUGUGAUGCUUCAUUACUGAAUAUAUUCAAAGGGAAUUAUUUAAAAAGGAAUUGUUUUCUGAUGCACCUUGCAUGCAUUUCAUUCCGCAUAUUUUUCUCAGGAACCAAGAGUGUACUGAAUCAACAGUACAUGAAAGACCAACGUCAUUGGUGAUACGCUUGUGUGUUAGUUAAGUGUGCAGUAAUGUCUGUUUUAAGUGUAAAAUAAAAUGUAUACCAAUAUGUAUUAUUUGA